CUUCAUUAAUUCUCUCAAUUCAACCACUGUACUAUUUCACCUGCUAAAUUCUCCCCAAAAAAACCCCCUCACCAUUUCUUCUCCUCUUUCAACAUGUCCAAACAAAGCGCGAGAUCAAAGCAUGCAAUACUUGACAAACAACCCCAAAAACCAUCCAAUAAUUACUUCAUAUUCUCCAACAACUUGAAGAAAGUUCACCCCAUUAAUAAUGGCCUCCACAAGACUUGCUCAGCACUUUCCCUGUCUUCUCUCUCGCUUUCGUUAUCUCAGACGUCCAAUGAUUCCUCCCUCACUGACUCUUCUUUAUCUCCGUUGGAUCAAAACAUAUCUCUGGCGCUUGCUUUGAUCUCUUCGCCGGAAAAAAGAGGCUCUCGCCCGCCGGCUACUAGAAAUGCCCGCCGGCAGCGUUGUAUUAGUCCGGGCCGGAAUAUUCCUAGCCCCAGUUCUAGCGAGGACGAGGUGAAGAGAUGCAACUGGAUUACGAAAAACAGUGAUAAUGUAUAUAUGAAGUUCCAUGAUGAAUGCUGGGGAGUUCCAGUCUAUGAUGAUAAUCAAUUGUUUGAGCUGCUUGCACUGUGUGGCAUGUUGAUGGAUUUUAACUGGACUCAAAUUUUGAAGAGGAGAGAAGUACUGAGAGAAGCUUUUGGUGGGUUUAAUGUAAACAAUGUGGCCAAAAUGGGGGAGAAAGAGAUUCGAGAAAUUGCAUCCAAUAAAGCAUUGAUGUUAGCAGUCAGCAAAGUAAGGUGCAUUGUGCAGAAUGCCAAAUGCAUAGUGAAGAUAGUGAUUGAAUAUGGAUCAUUCAGCAGCUACAUGUGGAAGCAUGUGAGCUUCAAACCCAUCAUCAACAGAUUCAAAUAUCCAAGAAAUGUUCCUCUGAGAAGCCCCAAAGCGGAGAUGAUUAGCAGGGAUUUGGUGAAGCGUGGCUUCCGGUUCGUCGGUCCGGUCAUCGUUUACUCCUUCAUGCAAGCCGCCGGCAUGACCAUAGAUCAUCUUCUGGGUUGUUUUAGAUACAAGGACUGUGUUAAUCUUGCUAGCUAGCUCAAAGACCUUAGCUUGGAGACAUGCCUGAACUGAUGUAUGUAUGUGAAAUUGAAAUUCAUUCAUGAUUGUAACACUAGUUGUUUUUGUUUCCUUUUCUUUUCUUUUAACCAAUAAUAAUAGUAGUGAUAAUAAUAUGGAGUGAUGAGGUAGUUAAACUCGAUCUUGUUGUGUUAGAAUUUGGAAAUUUGGA